AUGAGUGCUAUGCGCGAAUCCGACAGCCCGGCCGCCGAACCGCAGUUUUCGGCGCCCUCCAAGCCCGCCCCACGCGCCGGGCAUCGCCGUUCGCACAGCCUGACAACAAACAGUCUCGUGCGGCACACCCUGCAUGUCACCCCAGAACAGCAGGCAUACGUCAAUGGGCUCAUCGACAAGUGGGAAGCCAAGAAUCCCCCCAAGCCCUUCAAGCCCUUCGAACUUCCCGCGGAGUUCGCAGUUCGCUUCAGCGCUCUAUCCAACGCUGCUGCUGAACCACUGCUACCUCAGCGAGACGACCUUGGAGCUCCCGAACGAGCCGGCCCCUCGGAGGAGCACCGAAGCGUCGCACUGCCCCCCACCAACAGGGAAGAGCAGAUGGACACAACUGCUUCCCGCAAGCGCAGCCGCGAGGAGGUCAGCAGCGACGACGAGGAGGACGGACCUCGCAAGCAGUCGGCCACCUCUCCUGCCGAUCCCGAGCCUUCCGACGAGGACAACGUCCCCACACAGUGCACUGAGGAGACAGGGACAGAGGCCACAACACCUGCGAGCCUCGACGAAGCUGCCGCUGCUGCAGUGACCUCCUCGGCGGCCCAAACUACUUCGUCGAGCCCCUCCCCCGCCCUCUUGCCUUCGGGAGACACGCUGGUGGCCAAUGCUGCUGGCCAGGGCAGCGGUAGCCCUCCUCCCGCCCCUGCGGCAGCUGAGACACCGACAACCCCUCUCGAUUCACUCUCGGCUGAAGCAGAGGCCAUGGACGAGGCUACAGUUGACAACUGCACGCAGGAAACCACUCGGAAGACCACCCCAGCGACCGCAAUGGCCUUUCUGAGGUCCCCAACGACCGGAGAACAGCCAGCAUCCCGCAAGAGGAAGAAGAAGGGCAGGAAGACAGCUCGGAAACAGCACACCCCUGCUGCACCCCUGAGCACCUCGGCUGUCUCUUCCUCUGCGGGACCAAGUGCCCCUCCUGCUGAUCCUGUCACCACUGGGAGACCACCAGUACUGACCCCUGCGGUUACCAGACCCCCGGAGAGCCAGCCAAACGAGGUGAGCUUCCAGGAGGUGAAGUCAAAGGCUGCACUGCGGCGCGCCAGGAAAAUCACCACCGCUGCCCUGCCGGUGGACCCUGCUGUUGUGGGGACAGUGCUUUUCCGGCCCUCUGCUCCUGGCGGCUCAUUUCGCGGCACUCCACGCCUGAGUAUCGCGCAGGCGCUCCCAUCGAACCCGGGUGUUGCUGACAUCCGGGUGAAUCACCACCGCAACAUCGUGGCGGUGGACGCGACCUCUCAGGAGUGCCUCACUCUGCUCCUGGCCCUCACGGAGCUGCGGGACAUACCGAUCACUGCCAGGGAGCCCGCGGACGGCCACACCAGCAUGGGGUUCAUUCAUGGCGUGGAUGAAGACCCUGCAGAGGACACCCUGCUUCCUGGCCUCCAGUCUGCUGUUCCCGUGCUAGCAGCCACCAAGGAGGGCCGCACGGUCACGCUGCGUUUUGGGGGCCCAGUUCCGCCGGAGCGGGUGGCGCUCUUCCGCGUACACUUCCCCGUGCGGCCAGCCAGGCCCCGACCGCUGCAGUGCAAGCAGUGUAGCCGGUAUGGUCACGUACGAGAGGCGUGCCGCUGGCCGGACAGUUGCAUCCGCUGCGGCCGGACCCACACAGCUGACGCGGACUGCCAGCGGCCCCGGUGCGUCAACUGUGGCGGCCCCCACUCGGCUGACACCCCACACUGUCCCAGGUGGCAGGAACAACGCCAGGUGGCCUCCAUCAUGGCGUCCUCCACCACUGCCCUCUCUAGGCGAGUGGUUGCAGCGGCAGUGCGGGAGGAGACCAGGGAGGCUCGCACAUAUGCGAGUGCUGUGAAGGGGCACACCCUUCCUGCCCGGCCUGUUCCUGCUCCCCGCAACCGCCGUAAACCAGCCCCUGUGGACCUGACUGCUGCUGCCGCCUUGGAGGCCCCACCUGCUGAUGCUGCUCCCACGGCCCAGCCUGGUGUUGCUACUGCUCUCGCAACACCCCCUACUGGGGCCACUGCUCCUGAGGCCCAGGCUGCUGUGGACCACGUCACCCAGAUCGUCAUUAGCCUUCUGCUCACCCUGCAGGAUGCGGAAGCCAAGCUUCCACACGAUCACCCCUUCCGAGCCAUCUGCCAGCUGGCAGCGGCCUUGCAGCAGCCCACGAGCCACCAUGACGAUUUCUCCCUGCAUCUCCAGCGGGAGGGCUUUGACGUGCUGGCUUUGCAGGAGGUCUACGCCCAGGCUGAGGAGGUGCGCCUGCCGGGGUACGUGGGCUACAGCAGCAGGACCAGGUGCACCCUGGAUGCCUGCCACGCUGCCCCCUGCCUGGAUGACUGCCACCCGCAGGGUACAGCCCGGUGCGCCGUCUACGUGAAGCGUGAGCUCCUACAGGCUGAAGUUCCUGUGGCCGACCUGGUCGGUGGUCCCUUCGAGUGCUGUGCCGUCCGUGUACGCCUCGAGGGGGGAGACACCACUGUGGCCAGUGUGUACGUCCGGCCAAACCAGCCUUGGGACCCCAGGGGCAGGGCGCUCAGGGACACCUUGCAGCAGCUGGGCCUGCAGAUUCUGAACACAGGGGUCAGGACUUUCAUCCGUGGUGGGGGCCGGGCAGCCCAGUCGGCCAUCGACAUCAGCGCCGCCACGGAGGGAUGCCGCUACUCGUGGGCGCCGGCUCCGGACACCUGGGGUUCGGACCACCUGCCCCUCCUGCUGUCCCCCUUCCGAGGCAAGGCCCUCAGGGAUCGGGAAUACCAGGUCGUGGACUGGCGAGCCUACCGGCGGCUAUUCAAGGAGGACACGAGUGGCAGGGACCUUAUGCAGUUGGUGGUCGACAGCGCCAGGGCAGCAACUGUCGUCACUAAGGUCUCACAGGGGCAGCCCGUUCCGGACAUCAGGCACCUGGCACUGAGGGCGGCGCGGCGGCGUGCAGAACGGCAGGCCUUGAGCAAGGGCCUACCCGAACUCUGGACCUGUUUCCGGAGGGUCGACGCCGUCUGCAGACGCCACGCUCGCAGGCGCAGGAACCAGGGAUGGGUGAGCGUCUGCGUCACCAUCGACAGCUCAAAGGAUGGAGCCCGUGCCUGGCGCUUGCUGAAGUGCCUACUGAUGGUGCCCAGGGCUUACAACCAGGUGCUGUCCGUGGCUGUCCUCCUUGCCAUUCCGGCCUCCGAGCUGGCCGAACGCCUGGCCGACCAGUUCGCCAGCAGAGAGGUCGCCCAGCUAGCCACAACACCUCCUCCAGCCGCUCUCCCGUGUCCAGCCUCCUGCCAUCAUCCCGGAUGGGUGGUUGCACAGGUCCAGGAACUGUGCAACGAACCCAUCCGGAUGCACGAGCUCGUGGCAGCCCUCGAUGGAUGCAAGCGACGCAGCGCCCCAGGAGCAGACGGCAUUACCUUCCAGAUGCUCCGCAACCUGGAGGAAGGAGGGCGUCAACGUCUCCUGGGACUCUACAACGACGUCUGGAAUACCGGGGAGCUCCCGGAGUCCUGGCGAACUGCGGUGGUGGCACCCAUCCUGAAGCCCCGGAAGAAGGCCACGGCGCUCUCCUCAUACAGGCCAGUAUCGCUCACCUCAGCAGCGUGCAAGGUGCUGGAGAGGGUGGCACUGGAGAGAAUGCAGUGGAUCGCCGACCAACUGGAUUUCUUCCCGGAACGUCGUCGCCCCCUGGAGGAUGCCAAGAGCUGCGGGGACGUGGCAAUGCUGCUGCUGCUGGACGUGGAGAGCGCCUUCGACGGUCUCCCGCACGUUGUCGUCGAGGCGGCCAUAGACCGGCUUGGCAUCAGCGGGUGCCUCCGAGGCUUCGUGUCCGCCUUCCUGUCCGGGAGGACCUUCUGCGUCCGUGUUGGAGGGGUGACCAGCCAGCCUAAGGACAUCACUACCGGUGUCCCACAAGGUUCUGUGCUAAGUCCUUUUCUCUUCAACAUGGCGCUGGCAGGACUUCCAGCCUCCCUCCCGACAGACACCAGGUUCCCGGCCCGCUGCUCCGUCUACGCUGAUGACGUGGCACUGUGGGCAAGGGGACCAAGGCGGUCCAUUCCUGCCAUCAGGAGGUCACUGCAGGCAGCCCUGGAUGCAGUGAUCUCCUUCCUCGGAGGCAUCGGCCUCAAAGUCUCUGCCACCAAGACCGAGGCCCUGCUGAUCCAUCCACUCGCUGCGGCAUGGGUCUACGUGAAGCCACUGAGGGUCGGCAACCGCAGUCUCCCCUGGAGAAAGGAGGUGAGGUACCUGGGCCUCACUGUCGACCACCGGCUCACCUGGAUCCCCGCUGCGAAGGCCGCCGCCACCAAGGUCCGACGAGUUCAAGGGGCCAUCGGCAAACUUCAGCAGCGUGGCCGUGGAUGCUCCACGAAGUGGGCGCUGCGGCUCAACCAGGCCGCGGCGUCCUCCGUGCUGCUGUAUGCCCUGCCACUGGUGAACCUGACGCCAGCCAGGAGAUCCCUGCUGGAGGGACUGCACAGAGGAGCCGUGAGGACCAUCCUAGAGCUCCCCAGGUGCUCCCCUGUUGCAGCGACGCUUGCGGAGGCGAGAGAGUGGCCCCUGACGCUACGCAUGCUCCAGCGAGCGUUGGGGCACAUCGACCACCUCCACCGUGCCGCGGACGGUGCAGCCCUUCUGGAACGCUUGCGCAGCCUGCCAGGAUCCAGGAUGGGAGGCUUCCUCCCAUUGUACCACCAGAUGGUACCGGAUCCACCAGCCCCUGUUGCCUCUCCGCCGCCACACCACCGGCCCCCUGAGGUGCACCUCCACCUGGCUGGGGCAACGAAGCGACGAAUUCCUGCAGCAGCACUGCAGCAGGCAGCCUCCUGCAAGCUCCAGGAGCAACUAGAGGGUCGGCUGCAGGUUUUCACGGAUGGAUCCGUGAUGCCAGAGUGGACUGCAGCGGCGGCUUGCGUCGUCCCUGCACGGACCAGCAGCAGGCAGUGUAAGCUGCCUUUCCCGGCCAGUUCAACGGCGGCAGAGCUGACCGGACUCCACCUGGCAGCUGACCUACUGGCAGAAGACAUCCCAUCAGAGCCUGUCGCCGUCCUCUGUGACAGCAAGGCAGCACUACAGAUCCUGGCCAACCAUCGAGACACCGGACUGACCGGAAGCCUCCUGGCGGCCAAGUACCGUGCCCUUGCUGCAUCUGGUGCAUCCGUCUCCUUCCACUGGCUGCCCUCCCAUGUGGGCAUAGCUGGUAACGAGGAGGCAGACGCGCUUGCCAAGGCAGCACACCAGCCUGGCACCCCCAUCACCCUCAAGAAGCUCCUGGUCACGGUCCACCCAGAUUCAAGGGUGGCCAGUGAACGAGGGCCAAAGCUGCUACCAGAGACGGGCCUCACCAGGAGAGAUCGGUCUGCCCUGCUGCGCCUGCUGACCGGCUGUGUGUGGACCGCUGCCCGCCGACAUGCGAAGGGUCUCUGCGCCUACCCAGCCUGCAGCCGCUGCGGCGAUCCUGAGACCCUCGAGCACCUCCUCUGUGCCUGUCCUGGCUUGGCACAGGAACGCUCGAGGGUCACUACGGCCUACCGGAGCCAGGGCCUACCUGCCUCCACCUGCUCUUCCCCUCGCGUCCCCACCUGCCAGCACUCCGGAGCCUGGUGGAGUUCCUGGACGAGACGGGAAUAG